UGGGCAUUAAAGCAAACCAGAGUUUUGUUUACCGAGUCUACGAUUACAAUACAGCCGCCAAAUAUUUGCUAGUCACCAGUUUCGCAGUGCCACUAUAAAUACUUCAGCCCCAGGUGGAAGGGCUGAGAGUUGGCAGAGGGGAAGAAGUGGGGGGCUGAGCUGCAGCGGACAGUCCAGAUUCAACCACUUGCACAGCGUGGAGAUAGGAGCGGGGGAAAUGGCCGCUGGGGUAAUACAAAGCCUAAGCAAAUUUAAGCUGCCCACAGCAUUCCAGAAUUCAUUCCUAUCCACCACAACCUGCCAGGAAAUGAUUUUCCAAGACUUAUCGGAGGAGGAGGAAAUGGAGCCGGAAGAGGAAGAAGAAGAGGAGGAGGAGGAGGAGGAGGAAGGAGAAGAAGAGAGGGAGGAUAUGGAAACAGUAGGUAAUUCUGCAGGUUGCAGUCCAGACAGAUGCAAUGCCGACUCGAGCUUGAGCAACACAGAGGUGACGCUGCAGCUCCUUCGGUUCGCUGAGCGGAUCAGCGAUGACAUCCAGAGGUAUUUUGGCCGGAAGAGCAAAGAGGAAGGCUCAGAGUCCUGCAACAUCUACGAGGACCGCCGCUCCCCUCAGCUGUCAGGGCAGGUUCUGUACUACGCUGACCUAGUCAGGAUUUCCCAGGUUGGGGAAGAAGACGACAGCAGUGACCUCCCUGACCCCUCAAAGCCCCCAGCACAGCUGGAGAGGCAACUGUGGAGAUCUUUCUGCAGCAAAGAGGACACAGAGAAGAUGGGUCCUCUGGCUGAGCUCUUUGAAUAUGGCCUGGUCAGGUGCGCCAAGCAGCGAGCCUCCUCUGAGAACAGGAAGCUGAGGCUGGAGAGGAAGUACGGCCACAUUGCCCCCAUGCAUGGCAGGAAGUUGCCCCAGUCCUUCUGGAAAGAGCCAUCCCUCAGCCCUGUCUGUAUACUGAAUGGCAACCCUCCAGAUUUCAGUGACCUGCUGGCCAACUGGACUUCCGAAACCUGCCAGGAGGACCUGAAUCCCAGCCGAGAGCAUCCUAGCGAAGCAAACCGGAGGGUGGUGGACACUGACCAUUUUGGUGGUCUAUGAGGGUUCAGAAGGGUUGCGACAUCUGAAUUCUUCUCACAUGGGCUCUGGCCCUUUCCCUAUUGCAGGGACCAUUAGCCCUGUGCCCACCAUGGCUCCCAUGAAAGGUCUCCAUGAAUAUCCCCUCAAAAACCUGACAAUGCACAAGAUCAGGGGUGGGAGCAAUGUCUGCACCAUUUUGUGUUCCUGUCUCUUUUUCUAUUCUUUCAACUGCGGCAGCCAUUUU